CCACCCUGCUCUCUCUACUCUCUGUCUCUCUUUUUUGUUUUUGUUGGGUUUUUUUGGUACCGAGGAUCAAACUCAGGUCCUUGUGCUUGGGCAGCAGGCGGCGAAACCACUGAGCUAAAUCCCUGGCCCUUCUGUCUCUCUUUUUUUGGCCUUUUAAAAGUUGUUUCUGUAGCAAAUGAAAACCCUGGAUGGCGACUAGCAUGGGGAUGAUUAGGACUCAUGGGUGCUGGUGUUCCUGGGUAAGAGUCCCAGAUCCUCUAAACUUGUUUCCUCCUCGUGAGCUCAGAGGAGAAAAAUCCAUGUCUCACCAUGCACACAGGGACCUGGGCUAGGCCUCCCCUGGGCAGGGUGCACCUGUAUCAGUCAGCAAGGCCCAGCUGUGCUGCAGUAACAAAUGAGCCCAGGUGGAAGUGCCUCACCACCACAAGAGUGUGCCCUGCAACCAGCAAACUCUGCCAAGAGUCCAGGUGACCCCUCUGGGCUCUUGCCCUCCAUGGGAGCCCCGGGGGCCUAGACCCUCAGGGUGGCAGGAGCCAUUUCCAAUUGCAUUUCUGCCACCUCCUCUGGGGAUGCUCUGGGGAUUCCUCCACAGAAUGGCCCUGUGCAUCUUCCUUGGCAUGGUGCAAAGACAUCCAGGGUAUAAAUGGCCAAACAUGGAGCUGUGAUGCCAGGGAGCGGGGGCCCCAGGGCCGAGCAGCUACUAAGGGGAGCUGGGGAUGGACUUUCUGUCCACCUCCUGUCUGCAAGAACAUCCUGGUAUUUACAAUUUUAUCUUGCCACUUUGGAUUUCCUUUCUUGUUAGGGUUUUUGAGACAGGGUCUCACUAUGUAGAUCAGACCGGCCUCGAACUCAAACUUGUGGAGAUCCUCCUGCCUCAGCUUCCCAAGUGCUGGGAUGACAGCCUUGCGGAUGGAGUCUUCGUAGGAGGAACCCAGAGUGUGGCUGCCAGUCACAGUCACCCCAGGAUGGAGGCAGGUAAAGCCUGCUGGGCCGGGGGGAGAGUAAGGGGGAGGGGAGGACGAUGUUGGGGUGCUCAGCCAGGAGCCCCCAUCUCCCCAAGCAGAUGGAGAAGCGGGAGGUACAGCGAUGACUCACUCUCUGGAGAAAUACAGGAAGAGUUUAGAAACUCCCCCGGGAUGAAUUUGUAUUUUCACAGUUGCCCUCUCUGGCCUGGCCCCAACUUCGGCUCCGCUCCUGGGCGCCUUGGGGCUCCCCACCCGCUCCUCGUGCUGGCCCCCCACCCCUGCGCAGUCGCCUCCCCUUCCCUGGGGGCUGUGGGCUUCUCACUCUCCGGGUCUGGCUCUCGAGGCCUUUGUCACUGCGGGGUCGGGUGGGUGCAUUUUCGUCCGUGUGCGGCUCUGUCCCUCUCCUUAGCAGGAUCGGGGCACCCCGGCCUCAUCUUGUCUCCUCUCUGUCCCCUCCCAGCCAUCUCGCCCAAGGAGGGGGCGUUUCCAUGGCAACAUGCCCCGCCCCUCCCGGGCUGCAGGCGCGGCCAGGUGACGGGGAGGACCGAGCCGCCUCCGCCUGGCCUACGGGGUUUCCCUGGCCCAUCCUUCACUUCACAAAUGGGCCCCGGAGGCCCGAGAGGGGUGGACAGGAGAGGCAGCCGUGUCACCGGCUCCUGAGCGUCGCACAGGUGUCGCCCGCAGCCUGGGCUCCCUUCUCCUCCCGCCAGGGCUGGGGAAACUGAGUCCCCGGUGGACAGAAGCACUGUUUGCCUGGGGCCUGGAGAGAGAUGCCAGCCCCAGCCCCACAGCCACUUCUGGGCCUGAAGGUGUGGCAGAGAGGCCUCGGGACAGGCGCGCCGAACAUGGGCCUCAGGUCCCUCAACAGAAAGGCUCCUUGGGGUGCCCUCCUUGCUCCCCAGCUCCUUGCCAAGUGCUUCGUGCCAUGCGACGGUCUGUCCAGCCGCUCUGUGCCCUGCCCUGUCCCCGCAGCGUGGUAUCCAGGAAGGAUUCAGGAGUCGCAGGUGCCUUCAGGCCGGACUCUGGCUGCUCUCACUCCACUGUUUGAAGCUCCCAGCCCUGAUCUGUCUGGGCUGCACCUCCCCAAGCCAGUUCGGAGUGCAGAGCUCUCCAGGGCCGCUCUGGGCUGCCACAGGCCCUCGGGGUUGGCAGAUGGCUGGCUUUCCUGGCACAUGUACCCAGCUGGUGGCAUCUGUGUGGGGUUGGGGGGACAGGGAAGGGUGGGACCCUCGAUCGGCUGUGCUGUCACUGUCGGCAGCGAGUGGAGCUCAGGAGCUCCGGGCACUGAGGCUCCAAAAAGACCAGGCCAGGCCUGGGGACCCUGUGUCGGGUGGGAAACCGAGCGGGUGGGGGUCCACUUUCAAACCCAGCUGUGCGGACCACCGGCAAGGCCUCCACCUCCCAGGGCCUCAGCGGAAGUAAGGGGGCUGGGUCCCCUAAUCUCAGGAUCCUGCAGGCAGCACAGCGAGGGCCCCUGAAUCCCCCGGGCAGCAGAUCUCACAAGGCCCACUCGGGAUCAGGGUGCCUAGUCCAGGGCAGUGAGUACAACGGCACUCCUCCCGCCUGAGGCCCUGAGCGCCCCUUGUGGCUGCUGCCUGCUCUGUCUGGCCAGUUCCUGCCCUUGCUGGCCCUGCUGUCACCCUGCUUGAUCCUCACGCAGUAGUGACUUGUUCUUCCUAUUUCACAGAUAAGGAUACUGAGGCUCAGAGAGACAAGUACCCACCUGAGCACCUGCAGCCGGCAUCGGGUCAGGCGGCCAAAGCCUUGAACCCCUGCCCCUGUGUCUUCCCCCCUGGGGCCUCCUGGGCUCCGCUCGCAAGGGGUUGGGGAACAGGGCCAGUGCCUUCUGGUGACCAUGAGCAGGGGCCAGCCCUGGCAUGUGGCUCUCACACGAUGUUGACAAAGGUGUCUGUCACCAGCCGGGUGUGAGGACACCAGCCUGUCCCGAACACCAGCUAGUGUGACCUUGCCAGCCGCAGGGACCUCAUCUGCUAUCCGUACCUGCCGCACAGGUGCAGGGGACCAAUGGGGCAGCAGAGUGGACGUGAGACAGAGGCCGGAGGUCACCCAGUCCAGAGGUCCCUGCCGAAACCUGGUCCUGGUCCCUCGACACCUCCCCUGCCUCCCUCCUGCUUGUGCCGAAGCCCCAGCCCCUUCCAGGUCCCCAAGAAAACCCCGCCUGCCCUUGCCCCACAGAGGCCUGUGGGUUUCAUCAUGUGGCCCACACCCUCUGUGGCCUAACUCAGCCGAGCCUCCCUGGGCUGCCACCCACCCAGCCCUGCAGGCUCAGCCCCUCUGGCCCACUUCGGCCACUUUUCAGGCUUCUGGGCCUUGCCCUCGCCAGUUCAUGGCCUGGCCCCCCCUGGGGGCCCUGGGCUCUGUCACCACCCGUGUACCUGUCACCACUGUUAAGACUGUGAGAGUGGGUGGCUGCCUGUCUUGUUCCUCUCUGCCCCAUCAGAGCCUGAGGUGGUUGCCCGGGGGCUCAUUUGCCUUCCUCCUCUCCCUUCUCCUGGUGGAGCUGAGGAGUCACACAGGCCCGGGUCCCCAUCCUGGCUGGGCCGGCUGGAGCCUAAGCCGUCACAUCUGCAGAAUGGGGAGAAGGCCCGGAUGUGCUGAGGCUGUCACAAGGAUCUCAUGAAGAAGGUCAUCUUGGCCCGAAGUUCAGUCAAUACUGGCGGUCAUCCUCCUGCCGCCUUGGCCACCUGGCCAUGGAAAUCACCACGGGUCCAGUCUGGAAGCGCUGCUCCCUCCGCCACAGCUCAGAACACUCAAUGGCUCCCCAUCUCCCAGCCCCCAGAAGCAGAAAACUCCAGCUCAUUUUCAAAGCUCUUUGCCACCCAUCUUUCUAGAUUCCAGUGAGGCCAAACAGGGAGGAAGGGGUUUCUCUCCCCUUCCCAUCCACCCCCAGCCCUCAUGCAGGCCCUGGAGCAAGGCUAAGAGAAUCCACUGAUCCUCCUGACUGAGCUCCAGGGAAAGGAAGAGAAACCCCACCACCACACCAGGGAUGGAACUCGGGACCUUGCGCUUGCAGGGCAGGUGUGGUGCCACUGAGCUGAAUCCCCAGCCCUCUUUUCUUUUGUU